CAAAUUUCUUCACAAGGCUAAUUCAAAGGGUGUCUCCAAGCUGAGGUUUAUGUCAGCCGCAAGUUUUUAGAGAAUUUCAGUGGUGAUCAGUACUAGCACGGAUCCUACGGUGAAGCAUCAUUGAGAAUCUGCCAUUGACCACUGUAUGAUCGAUAGAGGAAGGGGAAAACAAUAGAAAGGAGGUGCAUCCAGGGUCCAAGAAGCUGAUCACUUGCUUGAUUUUUUGAUGAGGCCAUGAAGUCAUUGCUUCCAUGCAAGUCCUAAGAUUUCCAAAAAACCAAUGGGGUUAUAGACGAGUCAGUGACAGUGGGGACUUGCUCUUGUUUACAUAAUCAGUAUCAAUGGCUUCAAGGUGGCAAUCAUCACUUCCUUCAAUUAUCCUCUAGAAAUCCCUGUACUGCAAAUGAUGGGUGCACUGUAUAUGGACAAUAAAGCUGUUGUUAAAGUUGAUAGUAAGAACUGGGCUAAAAGUUCACUUAUUUCUAAAAUAAAAGAACUUGCUCUGAGAAGAAAGCUGAAGGAUUUAACCAUUGUCCCUGUUCUUACUAUUAUUACCGAGUAUAAACAGGAUCAGCUCCCAAUUGUAUUGGAUGCUCUUGAGAGGAUGCAUGCACACUUAACAGCUGCAGUGGUUUCAAAUGAUCCCUUGUUUAUGCAGAAAGUAAUUGGGAAGACUGUGAAUGGGACUACAUAUGCUGGACUUCGGGCCCGAACAACGGGAGCUCCACAGAAUCAUUGGUUUGGACCAGCUGGAGACCCUCGUGGUGCAGGAAUUUGGACCCCAGAAGCAAUAAGACUCGUCUGGUCUUGCCAUAGAGAAAUCAUAUAUGAUGUUGGUCCCCUGCCUAAGAAUUGGGAGAUCCCACCAUCUACCUAA